GUUACACAGACCUUUGUCGUGCUAAGUUCGAUCUCUCACCUUCUGGGAAAUGAGCCAAACUAACCGACAGUUAUCUUGGAGCAGAAUGUGGCCAGGGGGGGAGAUAAUAAAGACAGUCGGCGGUGUGAGCGCUCCCAGCAUGACGCUAAAAACCGAAGAAAGUCGGCUCUAUUUCAGCACAAACUCAGCGGGGAACGGCAGUCUGAAGGGACCCGAGAAUGCAGACGCAAACAUUUACAACUCCGGACACAUGAAUCUGUUCGCCUGUGACAUGGAAAAACACUGCUGUCAGACAGCUGCUGUUCCUCAAGAGGAAUUGUUAAACGCUGAGUGCCGUGUGGGCGACAGUCGCUCUUUUUCUGCCUGCGCCACAAUCUCAGAAACAGCCAGGGAGCUCUGCAAAGCUGUGUCCGUGUCACUGGGACUGGCCAUGGAGUCCAAUGACACGAGCGACCCGGACGCUACUCUCCCCCCGUGCGCCGCAAAUGACCACAUGCGAGGGGAGUAUUUGUUCGGAGUAGGAGCCGUGCCUCUGAGCUGUCCCGGAGCCCAGGCUGCUGCCACCGGGUACAAGUGCCCCGACCGAGAUGACCGGAAGCAACUGGUUGAAAUGUUCAAAAGUUCAGAGCCUGCUGCGCGUCUGCAAUAUUUUACCCCCACUCACUCAUCCGUGAAUGAACCAAACUUUACACUCUGCGAGGCUGAUGACAUUACUUCAGAAGAGAUAGAUCAUCAAGACACAGCGGGAGCUGUGUCUUGCUCUUAUGCUCCGUCCGCGCCAGGCAGCUUGGCACAGUUCAGCCACGCGGGAACAGAUCGGCCGUGCGGAGUCUACGAGCCCCCAGAUGAAGCGAGAGAGUUCGGGGAAGCCAUGGAGAACAAGUUUGCUGGUUAUCAGCCAGAACAAUACAGCGUCAAAGUCAAAUGUGAGGACGUCGGAUCUGCCGGGCCGUUGUGGAGCAGCAAGUACACCUUUAACGAGAGGUACAACACUCAGUGUUGGAGCUCCAGGCAGUGCGCUACUGCGCACAGCACAGGUGCCAACACCGCGUUCGUAUCUAAUCCAUAUGAGAGGAGCGCCAUGCGUCCUGAGCAGUGGUACCCUGGCGGGAUGCUGAGGCCGCCUUAUCCCAACUCUAACAACGUGAAGACUGAAGUCGGCGAAUGGCUGGAUGUCACCUACGAUGACUCCAGGUUUGAGACUGGCAGAGAGCACAUGUUCCCCAUGGAGUUCUUCUUUCCACCACAGAGGAUGUGCCUGAUCUGUUCAGACGAAGCAUCUGGCUGCCAUUACGGUGCUCUCACCUGUGGCAGCUGCAAGGUUUUUUUCAAAAGAGCUGCAGAAGGAAAACAGAAAUACCUGUGCGCAAGUAAAAACGACUGCACUAUUGAUAAGCUAAGAAGAAAGAACUGUCCAUCUUGUCGGCUGAAGAAGUGUUUUGAAGCUGGAAUGAGUCUGGGAGCUCGUAAACUGAAGAAGAUUGGACAACAGAAGAACCCUGAUGAAGAUCAUCCUCUUCAGGACUCAUCAGAGGUUGUCCAGAACAUCUCUCCUAAAUUAGGUCUGAACACCAACUCCGCCAUGGUCUUCCUCAACAUCCUGGAGUCCAUUGAGCCUGAGGUGGUGAAUGCAGGACACGACUACGGCCAACCAGACUCGGCUGCCACUCUGCUCACCAGCCUCAACGAGCUGGGAGAGAGACAACUGGUCAAAGUGGUCAAAUGGGCGAAAGGAUUGCCAGGCUUUAGAAAUCUCCAUGUGGACGACCAAAUGACUGUCAUUCAGCAGUCUUGGAUGGGGGUGAUGGUGUUUGCCCUGGGAUGGAGGUCCUAUAAGAACGUCAAUGGCAGGAUGCUUUACUUCGCCCCGGAUCUUGUGUUCAAUGAACAUCGGAUGCACAUUUCCACCAUGUAUGAGCACUGCAUGCGGAUGAGACAUCUCUCACAGGAGUUCCUGCUGCUGCAGGUCACUCAGGAAGAGUUCCUCUGCAUGAAGGCCUUGCUCCUCUUCAGCAUUCUUCCCGUUGAGGGUCUGAAGAGUCAGAGGUGCUUUGAUGAACUGCGUCUCACCUACAUCAACGAGCUCGAUCGCCUCAUUAACUAUCAAAUGGCCACCAAUUGUCCUCAGAGGUUCUACCAGCUCACCCGACUCCUGGACUCUCUCCAGAUGACAGUAAAGAAGCUCCACCAGUUUACAUUCGACCUUUUUGUCCAGGCUCAGUCGCUCCCCACCAAGGUCAGCUUUCCAGAGAUGAUUGGAGAAAUAAUCUCAGUACAUGUACCAAAGAUCCUGGCAGGUUUGGCGAAACCGAUUUUGUUUCACAAGUAGAAGGAUUUUUUUAUUUAUCAAAAAGUGACUCAUCUUUGCUGCCUCCAUAAACUUUAACGAAGCUACUGUUUCCCUAUCUUCAGUCUAAUAGCUCUUAGCCCUAUCCUGUAAUCAUUAUUUUGUUGCUCAAGUUUUUUUGUUCCUUUUAGCCAUAAUUGAGAUUGUUUGUUCAGAACUGUUAAAGCUUUUAUCUGAAGUGCUGCAAGGCAUCACCUGUUGACAGCUCUGCUGUGUCUGAGCAGAGAGUUUGUGUCUCUAGCAGGAGCAGAGAUGCUACUUUACAUACACAGUAAGUUUGCAAAUCAUGAUUACAGCAACAUAAAAGUAGCAGGUAAAAAACAUUUUUUGGAAGUUUUGCAUGUGAUCUUCAUAUCACCCCCGUUAAAGGGGUUUUUUUGGGGAGUUUUUCCUUAUCUGCUGCAAGGGUCAUAAGGACA